GUAUCUGGUAGUCUUCUCUGUGCCUUCUUUACUUUGUUAAGAUUUGACCUCAUCAUCCAGGUUCCAUGAUACUCCCAACUCCCCCUCGCAGCAAGUGAGGGCAGCUACGUUUUCACUCACACAUACAGAAACAUACUCAUGCGUAGCAGCAGCAGCCGAGAGAUCUCGCAAGGGCUUGAGAGAUUUUUCUCAUUUUGAUUCCAUAGUAUAGUAUACGUCUGUGUCUGCGUAUUAGAGAGUGUGUGUGUGUGUGCGUGUGUGUGUUUUCACAUUAGAGACAAGCAGACAGGGAGAGAAAAGCGAAACAGAGGAGGGGAAGGGGAGGGAGUGUGGAUCAUGCAUGUGCAUUAAGUCAGCUCCAGCGGCACAGCAGCAGCAGCAGCAGCAAACAGAAACAGCAGCAGCACAGGAGGGAAGGAGAGAAAGACAGAAAGGGAGAGUUGGAGGGAGGGAAGUAGUCUCAGGCACAGGAACAAAAGCAGCAGAGAGCCGCUUUCCAUCUCCACUAAAAGAGCAGCGUUGGGUUAAUUCUAGGGGGGAGAAGGUGGUCAUGAUAGUAAUGAGACAAUAACGCAGGAGAGGAGGCACGUUGUCGUCAGUGAAGACUGAAAUCAGGGCUCUUCUUUUCUCUGCUCUCCAUGUUUUUGGGGACUCUACGUACCAUUGCUUUCGUCUCCAAGUCCAGAGGAGGAUGUCUGUGUCCGGGAAGAAGGAGUUUGACGUGAAACAGAUCCUCAGGCUCCGCUGGCGCUGGUUCAGCCAUUCAUCCCAAGGCUCUGCUGGUGGUGGAGGGGGUGGCGUCGGUGGUGUGGGAGGCUACAUCCAGCAGGAUGGCUUGGACCACAGAGGAACAACUGCCCAGGGACGGCUGAAGAGCCACUCGCGGGAAAGAGGACUACGUAAGACUAACAGCCCGGUCCACAGCAUCUUGGCACCGACGCCAGGGCCCACACCUGUCCAUGUCAGAACAGGUCAUCAAUCAUGGCAUCAUCAGCCAAGCAACAUCCAAGACCUCCAGGUGAACGAGGAGUCUUCAAAGAGCAGUUCCUCUCCCAGGGCUACAAGGAAAGAGGACACAAACCCCGGCCAGGAAUAUGUGAAAAGCAGCUCAGAGGAACCUGCAGAGGUGGAGGCAAGAGAGAGGUUGGUUCUGAGCAACUUCUCCAGAAUGAACACCAACUCCUCCGAUGAGUUUUUCCAGGCCGCAAACCACGCAGAGCAGACUUUCCGUAAAAUGGAGACGUACCUCCAGCACAAGCAGCUGUGUGACGUGCUCCUGAUAGCGGGAGACCACAAGAUACCGGCUCACAGACUGGUCCUAAGCGCCGUUUCGGACUACUUCGCCGCUAUGUUCACCAGUGAUGUGAGAGAGGCCAAGCAGGAGGAGAUAAAGAUGGAGGGAGUGGAUCCGGAGGCCCUCAGAUCCCUGGUCCACUUUGCCUACACGGGUGUCCUUGAGCUGAAAGAGGAGACCAUUGAGAGCUUAUUGGCAGCAGCUUGCCUUCUCCAGCUGUCUCAAGUCAUCCAGGUCUGCUGCAGCUUCCUCAUGAAGCAGCUCCAUCCCUCCAACUGCCUGGGGAUCCGGUCCUUUGCAGACGCCCAGGGCUGCGUGGACCUGCUGAAUGUGGCUCAUAAGUACACCAUGGAACACUUCCUGGAGGUCAUUCAGAACCAGGAGUUCCUUCUGCUCCCCACGGCUGAGAUUGUUAAGCUGCUCUCCAGCGAUGACAUCAACGUCCCCGAUGAAGAAACAAUCUUCCAAGCUUUGAUGAUGUGGGUGAGGUACGAUGUCCAGCAUCGACAGCAAGACCUCGGGGUGCUGCUCUCUUACAUCCGCCUGCCUCUUCUUCCUCCGCAGCUCCUUGCAGACCUGGAAAACAACAAGAUGUUCUCUGAUGAUCUUGAAUGUCAAAAGCUGCUGAUGGAAGCCAUGAAGUAUCAUCUGCUGCCCGAACGACGUCCCAUGUUUCAGAGUCCGAGGACAAAACCUAGAAAGUCCACCGUGGGUGCACUGUACGCUGUAGGAGGGAUGGACGCCACCAAAGGCUCUACAACUAUAGAGACGUACGACUUGCGGACAAACACCUGGGUCCAGGUCGGAGUCAUGACCGGACGGCGGCUGCAGUUUGGCGUGGCGGUGAUAGACAACAAGCUGUAUGUAGUUGGUGGGAGAGAUGGGCUCAAGACCUCCAACAUGGUGGAAUGCUACAACCCCAUCAGCAAAGUGUGGUCCACCAUGCCCCCGAUGUCGACACACAGACAUGGCCUCGGUAUCGCGGUGCUUGAGGGCCCCAUGUACGCUGUAGGAGGCCAUGAUGGUUGGAGCUACCUCAACACGGUGGAGCGCUGGGAUCCACAAGCCAGGCAGUGGAACUACGUGGCCAGCAUGUCCACUCCACGGAGCACGAUGGGAGUCACGGCUCUCAAUGGAAAACUGUUUGCAGUCGGAGGUCGGGAUGGCAGCUCGUGUUUGAGGUCGAUGGAGUGCUUUGAUCCGCACACCAACAAGUGGAGCAUGUGUGCGCCCAUGGCCAAGCGGAGGGGAGGAGUGGGUGUAGCGACCUACAACAAUUUCCUGUAUGCUGUAGGUGGACACGACGCCCCUGCUUCCAACCACUGUUCUCGACUUUCCGAUUUUGUUGAGAGGUAUGACCCAAAGACGGACACGUGGACCACCGUGUCCUCCCUCGGCGUCCCCAGGGACGCUGUGGGCGUCUGCCUGCUGGGCGACAGGCUCUACGCAGUGGGCGGAUACGAUGGCCAGUCGUAUCUGAACACUGUGGAGUCCUACGAUGCGCAGAGCAACGAGUGGACAGAGGAGGUCCCACUCAACAUCGGAAGGGCGGGCGCCUGCGUGGUGGUGGUGAAAUUGCCUUGAGCACGUUGUCUCACGACGGCGCGAGAAACAAAUAACUGAACCGAGAAAGAGGGAGUGGACAAACAAAACAACAGAUCGAGGACACAUCCUUGGAGAGUCAUGUUUUCAUUUUCUUUCUUUCGCUCUGCUCUCCAGAUUUUUUCUUCAGAGGGAAACACAGACGGAGCUCUGCCCAUGAGCCAUUGUUUCUAUCAUUAGUGGACAUGUCUGCCCACUGGGGAGGACUUGUACUGAAACUGGAAUGCACUGCGCAUUCUCCACAUUCUCAACCGAUCAAGAAUUUCAUAAACUUGGCUAAGCUGCUGCGAAUCAGUGCCAAGGCUUUGCUGUGCUGGUUUUACAAAAAUGUAUGCGAAUGUCCUCGAGAUUUAAAUAUAUGUGUUACAUUUUGAGAAAGAGCUCCUAACUCCAGAUUAGUUUACAAUUAUACACAGAUAUUUCCUAUCAGUGCCAUCUCAUAUCAUAUAUUUUUGUUUAUAGCCACUAUAAUGAAAAUUGUUGUAAUAAACAGAACUACUUAUGAACCAGCAUCUUCUCGUGAACAGCCCUCUGUAAAGAUUGUUACUCGUGAGCAAUGAAGACCACUGUUGGUUCGCCCUGGCUGAUUCCAAGUACAGGAAUGAAGUCUUGAACUUUUUUUGGAGCCUGUAGCUGCAGAACACCAAAGUCAUUUGCUUGUCUUAGACGUCUUGUAACACAUCAAAGAAAAGGUUUACAAAUCUGUGAAUCAAAGAAAAUAUAUCAUAUUGAUAUUUCACAUUGCUGUAAAGACUUUUGUUAACUUUCUGAAACUACAUUUGUGCAAGUCGGAUCCUGACCCUGAACUGAUGCCGUUUGACGACUCCAGUCUGUGCUUUUCAUUUGGGUUUUCCUCGUGAGGGCAUAAGGAACGUUUGAUUUGGUUUCUACAACACUGAUGUAAAAAACAAUAAAACUAAACGUGAUCUCUGCUGUUCCUUCAAGGACAUAAUGCCUUCUAGUUCAUGUAGACCAUUUCCACUUAUGCAACUUAACAUUUGGAUUUGGAGAAACAGCAAAGUGGAGUUUUUACAUUUGUAGUCAGAUGUUCUGCUCAUGAAAAUUAACAUUACUAGUUGUUCACAAUGAAGCCAAUUUGUAAUUGUAGAUAUGAUGCAUUUUGGGGGCCAAAUGUAACUUUUAAUGUUUUUAUCAUAAUUUUGUACAGCAUGCGAAUGGGAAAAUAAAAUCAUUUCAGUCUU